UCAAGCUCGAAGGUGUCGGAGUAUACGCUUGAUGUGCGGCGAGGUUCCAUCUUGGCUGCAGCAUCCUUCAGAUCUGGUCAUGAUCUGUUUAAGUACCUCGAAGGCGUCUACUUUCAGCUCCUUGACCGCCUGCAUUAAGUAGGGUCAGUCGCCAAACUCGUAGAUCUCGAGGGGCUUGGUUCACUCGCGAACACCCGCCAGUUGCUGUGCUGGCUAAAAGUGCAAAUGCAUCGCUCUUCGCGUCAGUCUUCUCAACGCCGGCUACCAUCGCCUGUUCAAACCGUCGUCGCUCAUAGCCAGCCAGCUAUUUUCGACCAACGGGCCAACAUAACACUAGACGCGGACCGAUUCAAACUGUUCUGUACUCGCCCUCCCUCCCCGCGACUUGCUGCCGGGCUGAUUGAGCAUGUGCUCACGAGAGUCCUACCCAUCAACAGCGACAUAUGGAAUUUCCCCUCAGAUUUGGCAGUUUUCUUACGCCACCUGCUGUUAUGGGCUGAUAUCAGUGGAGCAGUACUCUGUGGCAGUCUGAUUUACUUAGAGCGGGGUCUUUGGCGACCAGAAAAGUCUCUCAUGACGGAGGCUCAUCGGCAUUCGCGCGUCUUGGCGGCGAUUAUCCUUGCUCGGAAAUACUUAGAAGAUGUCACAUAUAAAACGUCGUUCUGGGCCGGCCUCGCGGCCGAAGCAUGCUCAUUUCAUUUCACAGACUAUGAUAUCAAUGCGGCGGAGAGUAGACUUUUAGGGGAUGUAGCUUGGGACUUGAGUAUAGACAGUCAGGAGAUGCACAGAAUGAUAAAGCUGGUCAGUGGUUCGGAUACUGCGCCGGAGCUUUUGUGUCACAGGCCUAUCUCUUUCCAAUCCUAGGAACAGGAGCAGCAUCGUGUGACUUGGCCGACUUGAUCAAGUCGGAACGCAGAAACCCAUUUUUACCACGGUCUUUCGC